AUGAUAUUCAAGAUACUAUUUGGUUGUGAAGAAAGUUGCCCUUCUUACUUGAAAGGAGUGUCUAAAGAUAUUUUGAAGAAAUGUGAUGGUUUACCGCUAGCAAUCAAUGCCAUAUCUAGCUUGUUGGCUACCAGGAAAACAAAAGAAGAGUGGGAUGAGGUGCGAUGCUCAAUUGACUUUGCAAGAGGCACAAAUCCUGACAUAGAUGCAUUGAAUUACAUAUUAUCUCUGAGCUACUUUGACCUUCCUCACCGUCUAAGAAGUUGCCUGUUAUACAUGACUUUGUUUCCUGAAGAUUACAAGAUUGACAGGCUACGUUUGGUACAUAGAUGGAUUUCCGAGGGUUUCGUCCACAGCAAAGAUGGGAAAGAUCUUGUUGAAUUAGGAGAUGCAUAUUUUCAUGAGCUUGUCAAUAGGAGUUUAAUACAACCGAUUGACAUAGGGUAUGAUGGCAAGGCAUGGGGCUGCAGAGUGCAUGACACAAUCCUUGAUUUCCUCAUUUACAAGUCUACCCAAGAGAACUUUUGUACUUUGUUAGGUGAUCGUUCAGAGGCCACGAAUUUUUCAGAUAACGAAGUUCGUCGACUCUCACAGUUGGGAAAUGUGGGUAGAUCUCAUAAAAUGGAUUUAUCCCAUGCUCGAACAUUUGGGACUUUCGUGCACACCAAGCAAAUGCUCUCCCUUGAAUCAAAUGCUCUGCGUGUGCUAGACUUGGAAGAUUGUUGUGGACUGGAAAAUCAUCACAUCAAAAGUAUUGGAAGGUUUCCUCAGUUGAGGUACUUGAACAUCUCUAGCACACGAAUAACUAAGCUUCCAGAACAAAUAGGUGAUUUGCGACAUCUUGAGACACUAAAUGCAUACUGUGAUCUUCUAAGAGAGCUAUCGGAAACUGUUACGCGGCUUCAGCGAUUGGUGCGUCUGUCUAUACGUUGGAGAACUAAAUUGCCUGACAGCAUUGGAAAUAUGACAAAUUUGCAAGAGCUUCAGUAUAUUGAUGUCUUCAAGCACUCGCUGUGCUUUGUGGACCUGAGGAAACUGAGGAUUAAGUUGGACACCGACGGGAUAGAAGGAGAAAAAUUAGCAAGUUACAAGGAAAAGCUAGAGUCAUCCCUCCGGAAACUAGACGCACGGAAAUGUCCUUCUCUGUGGAUUGCAGUGUGUUUAUCAGAGAAGGAUGGCGUAGAAGGAUAUCCUUUCUUCCCUGCUCUAAGUUGCAUCCGAAAGAUUUCUCUGGUCUGUAGAGAAAGGUGUAGGAUUGCCAAAUGUCUGAUCCAACUUGUCAGUCUUGAAAAACUGUAUGUAUAUGCCAAGGAGAUAGAGAAGCAAGAUCUUGAGAUAGUUGGAAGAAUACCUAAUCUGCUCGAAGUCGAUAUAUAUAACGGGAAGACAGGGCAUAGGCACCAUCAGAGGAGGAUCUCAACGGCUGCAGUGUUUUCGGUGCACUGCAAUACCUCCCGAGCCACCGAGUCCAAACUAGCCGCCGUCCAUCCCGUCCGCCGCCGAGCUCUGCCGCUCUCCCCUUCCCUUCCCUUUCCCUCUCCAUGGCCGAACACUUCCCCGGCGACGCCGCGGCGGCCAACAGAGCCGGGGCUCGCCGCCGUCAAGACGGAGCCGCGGCUCCCCGUCGUGAAGGCGGAGCCCGGACUCGCCGGCGGCGUCAAGGAGGAGGAGCUCGACGACGCGGCGGCCCUCAAAUGGGCGCGCGAUGACUGGGCGCAGCUGGAGCGCCUCGCCUACAAGCACUUCGAAGCUCGGCGCCGUGGCCGGUGA